AUGUCCUCUUCAAACAUCACGCUCUACACCGGGCAAACGCCCAACGGCAUCAAAAUCUCAAUCACUCUUGAAGAACUCGGCAUCCCAUACACAGUCCGCAAAGUCGAUGUCGCCAACAACGAACAAAAGUCCGAAUGGUUCGAAAAAAUCAACCCCAACAUGAGGAUCCCAGCCAUAGCCGAUACCUUCUCAGACGGCGAGGAGAUCUGCGUCUUCGAGAGCGGAAGUAUCAUGCAGUAUCUUGUUGAGAGGCAUGAUCCAGAGCAUAGGAUCUCGUACCCACGAGGCUCCCGAGAGUGGGUUGAGACUAACAAUUGGCUUUUCUUCAUGAAUUCGGGAGUGGGCCCAAUGCAAGGUCAGGCAAAUCAUUUCUUUAGAUACGCGGGCGAACAGGUGCCGUAUGCCAUCGAGCGGUACCAAACGGAGACCAAGAGGCUGUAUAGUGUUCUUGACAAGCAUCUUCGCGAUAGUGCGCAUCCGUAUCUGGUGGGCGAGAAGUGUACCAUCGCCGACAUCGCCCACUGGGGCUGGAUCGCACUCGCGCGAUGGUCGCUGGGUGGCGAAGACUAUCCGAAGAGUCCUUUGGAUGCAUUCCCUGCGCUCAGAGCGUGGGAAGAGCGGAUGUUCGACAGGCCGGGUGUGCAGAAGGGCAGACAGGUGCCAGAUAAGCAUCAGAGGGAGAUGCUCAUGGAUCCUGAGGCGAUGAGGGCUUUCGAAGAGAGAGGAAAAGCGUUUUACAGAAAGAUGGAGGAGGAGAAAAGUGCGAAGGAAGCAGGCAGGGGGCAAGAGGAGAAAGUCGCAUGA